AUGGUCGCUCAUAGGAAACUAAGAGAAACCAAAUAUGAAAGAAGACGUGAAUACGACUCAGAAAUUGCCCAGCUAAAAGAGCGAAAGAUGCUAGAAAGAUGAAUUGAUAAUAUGUGGAUUGAAGUAGAGCUAGAAGAAGCCAGAGCUCAUAGGCUAGAAAUUGAUUUACAAGUUGAGCAGAGAAAUGAGAAAGGAAAAGGCAUGGAAAACAUGUUUGAGCUGCUGCUUGGGAUGACAGAAGAAGUUUAUGCGUUCCAGCAAAAUAAAAACUCAGAGGAGCUUGAUAAAAGAUAA